UUAGAUCAAAGUGAAGUGAGGUGAUUAUUUUUGUCAUUGAAAACCUUGCGAGUGAGGUUUGUUAUACGACAGUGUGAUUAUACUCUUCGUUAAAAUUAAUUUUUUUUCUGGAGAGGAUCCAUUACUAAAGAUUAUCAGUCAUGGGUAAAAAGUUUGGAGAAUUGGCUAAAAUCCGUGGUGUUAUCCACUACAGACUGUCACCAUAUGAACAGAAUAUAUUUGCUGGAAUGUUUUCUAAGGGUCUGCCUAAUUUAGUCAGACGAAUUAGAAGUCAAAUCCUUUAUGUAGCGCCCCCAUUUAUUUUGGGAUAUCUAAUUUACGACUGGGGUAAUAAAGAAAAUAAGAGAUACAACAGGAAGAAUCCUGCAGAUUUUGCUAAUGAUGAAUAGUUUACUGCUCAAGGAGUAUUAGUUGGAUUAAUAUUUAUAUAUAUAUAUGUAUGUGUAUGUAUAAACAUUAAAAUGUGUUAAUUGCUAAGGUUAAUACUAAAAUAUGCAGCAUAUAAUAAAACUAUUAUUUCAUGACAAA